ACGUGACAGGCAAGAAUGAAGGAAACACUCAAACGAAACAGAAUCUCAUGGCUGUAGACUAAUGUAUGCGUUUGGAGUAGACUGCUACUAAAAAACGGCCAGGUUAUGGAGCCAACAAGUUUACAGAAAGCCAUAGCUGUGGCAAACAAGGCCUCCCAGGAGGAUGAGGCAGGCAACUAUGAAGAGGCUAUUAAGUCUUACCAGCAUGCAGUGCGAUAUUUACUGCAUAUAGUGAAACGUGAGCCACAGGGUAAAGAGGGCAACCAGAAGAUCAGAGACAAGUGCAAGCAAUAUCUGGACAGAGUGGAGGAACUCCAAGAUAUUCUAGAUAACAAACAGAAAGCAAUAGAUCUGGCCAGCAAAGCAGCUCAAGAGGACAAGGCCCAGAAUUAUGAGGAGGCUUUGCGUCUGUACCAGCAUGCAGUUCAGUACUUCCUCCAUGUGGUCAAAUAUGAGGCUCAGGGAGAUAAAGCCAAACAGAGCAUCAGGGCAAAGUGCGCUGAGUACCUGGACAGAGCGGAGAAACUGAAAGAGUAUCUCAAGAAGAAAGAGAAAGCACCAGCCAAGCCAGUGAAAGAAUCUCAGUCUGAUGACAAAGGCAAUGACAGUGAUGAAGGGGGUGAGGACCCAGAGAAGAAGAAGUUUCAAAACCAACUGCAGGGUGCCAUCGUCAUGGAGAAGCCAAAUGUCAAGUGGAAUGAUGUGGCUGGACUAGAAGGAGCAAAAGAGGCACUGAAGGAAGCAGUCAUUUUGCCAAUCAAAUUCCCUCACCUCUUCACAGGAAAAAGAACUCCAUGGAGGGGCAUCCUUCUGUUUGGUCCCCCUGGCACAGGGAAGUCAUACCUGGCCAAAGCUGUGGCUACUGAGGCCAACAACUCCACAUUCUUCUCCAUCUCCUCCUCAGAUCUGGUGUCCAAGUGGCUGGGGGAGAGUGAAAAGUUAGUGAAGAGCCUGUUCAGUAUGGCCCGGGAGCACAAGCCCUCCAUCAUCUUCAUCGAUGAGAUUGACUCGCUGUGCGGCUCCAGGAGUGAGAAUGAGAGCGAGGCUGCCCGCAGGAUUAAGACCGAGUUCCUGGUCCAGAUGCAGGGAGUCGGGAAUGACAAUGAGGGAAUCCUGGUGCUGGGGGCCACCAACAUCCCCUGGACUCUGGACUCCGCCAUCAGGAGACGCUUUGAGAAGAGGAUCUACAUCCCCCUCCCUGAGGAGCACGCGCGUUCCUUCAUGUUCAAGCUGCACCUGGGCACCACGGCCUCCAGCCUCACCGAAUCCGACUUUGUCACGCUGGGCAAGAAAACGAACGGCUACUCGGGUGCCGACGUCAGCGUCAUCGUGCGAGAUGCCCUCAUGCAGCCGGUGCGGAAGGUCCAAUCAGCCACACACUUCAAACGGGUACGGGGGCCUUCAAGGGACAAUCCCAACAUGCUUAUCGAUGACCUCCUGACCCCGUGCUCCCCUGGUGACCCUCAAGCCAUAGAGAUGACCUGGAUGGAAGUGCCUGGGGAGAAGCUGCUGGAGCCGAUUGUUUCUAUGUCUGACAUGCUGAGGUCCCUGACAAACACAAAACCCACGGUAAACGAGCAGGAUCUGGAAAAGCUCAAGAAGUUCACAGAGGACUUUGGCCAGGAGGGUUAAGGAGUACCAUUUUUGCCAAAACCAAAGCAAACACAUCAGGAUUGUAAAGCCCCCCCUCUCUCUCUUGCUCGCUCUCACUCUAUCUCUCUCUCCCUCCCUCUCCUUCUCUCUCUCUCACACACACACACAAACUCUUUCUUUAUGUUUGUCUCCUCUUUCAACCUUUCACUGUUCACCUGUUCGACGUGUUCCAGGGCCCUUUCUGUUAAUAAGACCUCAUGGUGAUGCAUUCUGUAGGCCGUUUUGGGAAUAAGACUAUACUAUGUAUAAUUAAGUUUAAAAAGCCCUGUAACCUUGCCUUUGUGUACUGUGGGCUGCUAACUAAGAGGAAAGGCCCACAACACUUGGUUUCUGAUGUUCGUGCAGCUGGUUUUGUCCAGCCUAUGUGCCCAUGCUUCUCUCUGGGGCGAAUGUCUCUACUCUGAGCUGCUUUUUCAGAAUGUUCAGAAUGCCUUAAACCACAGCAAGAAAACAAUUUACAUGAUUCUGACAUGAAUAUUCUCCUACUUUACCAUAAAGGGUCAGAUAGUCAUUGGCACUGACCUUAUGAAAAGGCAGAUGUCUAAGGUAUUGAUGGUUCUGCAUCAGUGGGACUCAAAUUCAAUACUGAUAGCAACUCUGGAUCCAGGCCAUUUCUCAGAAUUGGAAAAGGAGUUUUGCCUUCAUUUGGCAUGCCUCUCAUUCAGAAGAUUUGUUUAGUCCUGCAUGCAGAUGCAUCUGGCAUAUAGAGAUUUAUUUAACAGCUCCUGUGUGUACCUGGGAUGUAAUCUAGUUAUUUGGUUUUGAUUUUAAAGAUCAGUGAAAAUGAUGAUGUUGACUGGAGAAUCAGAAGGUGUAGACAUUUGGGGGCUUUUGUCAGUAAAUAUUUGAUAGAAAAGAAAUUUGGGAUCAGCAUUUGGGGAUCAAUAAGUUGUGGGUAAGGACCACUUCUGCUCACAGAAACAAUCCCACAAAGGUUUGUAAGAGACACUGGCUUGCUCUUGCACAUCUGUUCAGGUAUCAAAUAGUUCUUAUUUAAAAAAAAAAAAAAAAGAAUCAGAACGACCUACAUCAUGAAUGCACGAUGAGGCCUUUCUGCGUUUGAGACUACAGGGCUGAUGUGGAGAGUUCCAUAGCCUCUAGGGCCCUGGCUACCUCGAAUUCCGUGCUUUCGGGCAAGCAGUGGAACUGGGCUCAGACUAGCUGUUUGCCGGCCAUCCCAUGGCUACAGCACACAAUGUGCCUUCUACAAGUCUGUUUUCUGUAUAUUUUUUAUUUGUAAUCAAUUACUUUUGGUUUAUAUGUCUCGUUCAUUCAUUAAACGUGGAUACCUGCCUACAUAAUGUGCAGUGAAGUAGACAUAGAAGUAAACGUAUAAGGUAUGGAACAGUUCAGAGAGUUAUUUGCACAUUUCAUUUUAAAAACAUUACUCUAUAAACAAUUGUAUACAACUGUACUCCUAUGCACUUAGGGUGUCGGGGUUUUUCAGAAACUGAAAGCUUUAUUAAAAUUGCAGAUCUACAGGUGGAUGUGGAUUGAGCUUUUAUAAAGGAUUUGGUGUACUGUUUGAGUAAUUAGAAUAUUCAUCAUAUAUGUAUUAUUGUUUAAUGAUAAAAAAGAACAGUAAGGAUUUUUGGUUUGCUUGUCUUUUAUCUUACUCGUGUAAAUAAAAUAAUAAGACUGAAAA